GACACAGACACUGGGUCCUUAGCAUAUCCUGGUCCCCAGACGGCAAGAAGCUGGCUUCAGGCUGCAAGAAUGGCCAGCAACCCCGAGUGCCGCUACGUGGCCAGCAGCUCCAAGGACGGCAGCGUGCGGGUCUGGGACACGGCUGUGGGCCGCUGUGAGCGCAUCCUCACUGGGCACACGCAGUCAGUGACUUGUCUCUGGUGGGGAGGGGACGGGCUUCUCUACUCCGCCUCCCAGGACCGCACCAUCAAAGUCUGGAGGGCUCAUGAUGGCGUGCUGUGCCGGACUCUGCAAGGCCAUGGCCACUGGGUGAACACCAUGGCCCUGAACACCGACUACGCCCUGCGCACGGGGGCCUUUGACCCAGCUGAGGCCUCAGUUAACGCCCAAGACCUCCGAGGGUCCUUGCAGGAGUUAAAAGAGAGAGCUCUGAGCCACUACAAUCUCGUGCGGGGCCAGGGCCCAGAGAGGCUGGUGUCUGGCUCAGACGACUUCACCCUGUUCCUGUGGUCCCCAGCGGAGGACAAGAAGCCCCUGGCACGGAUGACGGGGCACCAGGCCCUCAUCAACCAGGUGCUCUUCUCUGCAGACUCGCGCAUCAUCGCCAGCUCCUCCUUUGACAAGUCCAUCAAGCUGUGGGAUGGCAGGACGGGCAAGUACCUGGCCUCCCUGCGUGGCCAUGUGGCUGCCGUGUACCAGAUUGCGUGGUCGGCCGACAGCCGGCUCUUGGUCAGUGGCAGCAGUGACAGCACACUGAAGGUGUGGGAUGUGAAGGCCCAGAAGCUGGUCACAGACCUGCCAGGCCACACAGAUGAGGUAAACGCUGUCGACUGGAGUCCAGACGGCCAGAGAGUGGCAAGUGGUGGAAAGGACAAAUGCCUCCGGAUAUGGAGGAGAUGAGAAAUCCCAAGGACCCCCACCUGGACUCAGCCUCUGCCAGCUGCCUGCCCGGAUGGAGACCAAAGGCCGGGGUGAUGACCUUGAGAAUGAGCGUGGCCUGCCGUCCUAGGACAGACCCCAGUGGCGUCCCUCCCCAGAGCAGGA